UGGACUGCGAAAUGUAUGCUGCAGGCAUGCGGCAUAGUGCAUACGCAUCCUACGGUGCAUGUAGACGACAACCAAAUAUCGAGGAGGGUGGCUUCUGGACAACAUAAUAGACGUAGCGCGACCAAAACGGAAACAAUAAUAAGAAUGCAAAUAAUUCUGCCAUAUCCCACAUCUACAAAGCGCAGCUCUUGCUGUAACCUAUACUUCCAACUAUGUAGACAGCCUUUACUGUAA